UUCAACACAUUAAGCUGCAUAUUUUAAACUUAGGCUAGAAAAUUAUAAAAUUACGUUCGAAAUUCUAGUGAGAACGCUAAGGACUGUGUACUAAAACCUCAAAUAUUUAGCGAAACUUGAAGACGAUUCAAUUCCCAUUCUCUUAUCCACAUUUCUAAUAAUGAUAACAGAGACAACGAAUUAUGUAUCAAUCGGAGAAAGAACCCACUAAAAAUGACGGGUCCAGCGAGUGACACAACAUCCGCAGCAAACAGUUCCUCUGCUGAGAAAUCGUCAACAAAUCCAUUGGAGCAGUUUGUUCUUCUGGCAAAAACAGCAAAAGGUGCAGCAGCGCUGGAGCUUAUAAAGCAAGCAAUAGAAACUCCAGGAGUUCACGUGUUUGGCGAGUUGUUAGACAUGCCGAAUAUCAAAGAAUUGGAGAACGGUCCACACGAAGUUUACUGGAACACAUUGAAUCUGUUUGCCUAUGGAACAUACAAGCAGUUCUUAGCAAACAAAGAAAAAUUUUUGGAUUUGACACCCACACAGAAGAAAAAAUUACAGCACUUAACGAUAGUUACCCUGGCUGAAAAAACAAAAUGUAUUCCCUACUCCACUCUCCUGGAAGAACUCGAUGUCAAAAACGUACGUGACCUCGAAGAUUUAAUCAUUGAAGCGGUUUAUGCUGACAUAAUACAGGGCAAAUUGGAUCAGAAGAACUCACAAUUGGAAGUCGACUACACUGGCUUAGGACGUGACGUCACAUCCGCAGAUGCCAAAGCCGUUGCUGAAACUUUGGCCACUUGGGGACAAACCUGUGAAACGGUUUUGGCUUGCAUCGAACAACAAGUUCUCAGGGCUAAUACCGAAAAACAAAAAGCCACUAAUCACAAAGAAAAAAUCCAGCAAGAUAUCGCAAAUAUGAAAAAAUCAUUCCUGGCACAAGCUGGUGGAGGUGGGGUUCAAGAAGCCGACGCAGCUGGUAGCGGAACAAGCGCAGGCGGUAGCGAGUCGUGCAGAGAAGCACUUCCGGUACCGCCGGAUCCAAAGAAGAAACAACAGAAAGGAAAAAAUGUUAGAGGCAGCGGAUCUUCUUCUACUAAUUCGCUAGGCAGCGGCAUGAACUGACACACUGAUGGUACGGGGAGAAAAAGAAAGAGAGAGAAAGAGAGAGAGAAAAAGAGAGAUUGGAAUUAUUCGGAGCGAAGCUUGAACAAACUGGUUUUACAACAAUGUUAAGUGCUUUGGAGAUUUCACGUAAUUAUAAUAAUGUUUUCACGUAUCAUUGAUCCAAAUUUUUGUAUGUUUCUCUAAUGAAUUAAAUGUUAACACUUUUUUUUUAUCCAAAUAAAAGAACGAAAAAUGUA